UCUCCAUCUCCGGGCUUAGCAGCUGGAUCGAAGGGAACUAAGAGAAACAGUACUACAACUGGAACUGUCAUCGUCGUUGUGCCCACUCUUGUUGGUAUCAUACUGGUCAUCAGUAUUAUUUAUUUAUUUUUAAGAGUGAGGAAGCGCAAGGAUCAUUUUGAAACCAUCGAUGAAAUGGGAAACGUGGAAUCCCUGCAAUUUGAUCUCGACGUUAUUAAAGCUGCCACAAGCGACUUUUCUGAUGCAAAUAAGCUUGGAAAAGGGGGAUUUGGGCCCGUUUCUAAGGGUAAGCUUCCCAAUGGACAAGAGAUAGCAGUAAAAAGACUAUCGAGAACCUCUGGACAAGGAAAUUUGGAAUUCAUGAAUGAGGUUGUAUUAUUGGCCAAGCUCCAACACCGAAAUCUAGUAAGGCUCCUUGGAUUUUGCUUGGAAGGGAAUGAACGACUUCUUGUGUAUGAGUUCGUACCUAACAGCAGCCUUGAUCGCUACAUAUUUGAUCCCAAGAAGAGUGCAAAUCUGGAUUGGGAGAGUCGAUAUAAAAUUAUAAAAGGCAUUGCUCGAGGGCUUUUAUACCUUCAUGAGGAUUCUCGACUUCGGAUUAUUCAUCGUGAUCUCAAAGCUGCUAACGUUCUAUUAGAUAUAGAAAUGAAUCCUAAGAUUUCAGAUUUUGGCAUGGCAAGGAUGUGUGUACUGGAUCAGACUGAAGGCAGUACAAACAGAAUUGUGGGGACCUAUGGAUAUAUGGCACCAGAGUAUGCAAUGCUUGGGCAAUUCUCGGUCAAGUCAGAUGUCUUUAGUUUUGGCGUGUUGAUGUUGGAGAUUGUAAGUGGUCAAAAAAUUACAUCUUUCCGUGUAGGGGAGAACAGAGAGUACCUUCUAAGCUAUGCUUGGAAAAACUGGAGAGAGGGGACAGCUGCAAAUCUCAUAGAUCUCACAUUGAGGAGUGGUCCACUGAGCGAAAUGAUACGAUGUAUUCACAUUGGAUUGCUGUGUGUUCAAGCAAAUGUUGCCGACAGACUAGACAUGGCUUCAGUUGUUCUCAUGCUUAAUAGCAAUUCCAUUGCUCUCCCUUUGCCCACACAACCCGCAAGUUUUAUGCAAAAUGGGGUUCCAUUAGCCACAUCAAUGAAACUGGACACUGAUUGCAGGCCGGUGAGUCAGUACGAGGUUUCGAUUACAGAGUUAGAUCCUAGGUAGUGUUUUGUGGGUGUUGUCACGGUGUACGUGUUUUUGUGCAAAUUUCACUUGCUAUUAUAUUUUCAUAGC